CCACAGAGGGCGAUUUUUGCUCAAAUGGUGACCAUUGGCUCAGUUUUAUACGGUAUGUGCUGCGUACUGAGGUACCUCUCCCUCAAAGUGGACCUUGUCUCCUUCUCCGUCCCAAAAACCUAUCAUUGGCUGAACAUCGUCUGUCUGUGUGUAGGCCUGCUGGUCAGCUUAGGAAACACAUUACUAGGAAACUUUCCAACAGAUGGUUACAACAGCUAUUUCAAGGGUCCUCACUAUGUCGGAGCUGCAAUGGCGUUUGUUGGCGGCGUAGUGUACGGCUGGAUACAGACAAGGUUGUCAUGGUUACUGGACUUAAAACAAAGAAGAACAAGCAGGAUACAGCUGGUACUCAUGAUCUGGACUACAGUGGCCCUUUUGACAUUCGGGAUAUCAAAAGUAGUUUAUGAGGUACAGAAAUCUAAAGGCUACGGAUCAAAAGAGGACUCCUUACGUGACGUGUACUUGGCAUCUACCGUAACGGAGUGGAUCCUGGCUUUCAGCAUCGCUGGCUUUCCUAUGACCUUUAUACGGGACUUCAAGGCUUCGACUCUGAAGAGUCCCAGGAUAUUCAGGCGUGAAUGUACAAAACAAUUCCAUUAUGUACGUAAAGGAACUCGACAAUAUUUGUUUAUUAUUCAGAGAUUAAGUUUUGUUUUUGGAGAUGGUAAAAGAGAAGAGAAAGAUCCUUUCUAUUAA